AACAUGGCGGCCUCAGGAGCCGGCUCUCCGGCUCGGCUGGUCCAGUACGUCGUGGUGCGGUCGGACCUGGUCCACGCGCUGUCCUGGCCCCUGGGGGCCGUGAUCACUCAGGCGUGUCACGCCGCCACCGCCGCGCUGCACCUGUUCCGCUCGGACCCGGACACGGCCCGGUACCUGGAGGAGCUGGACUCCAUGCACAAGGUGGUGCUGGGGGUUCCAGACGAGGCGGCCCUCACAGCUCUGUCACAGACCUUGACUGAGGCCGGUGUUUCCCACAAGCUGUGGAUGGAGCAGCCGGAGAACAUCCCCACGUGUUUGGCUCUGAAGCCGUAUCCCAAAGAGACGGUGCAGCCGCUGCUGCGCAAGUUCAAGCUCUUCAAGUGACAGGGUCCUCGUUAAGACUCUUCAUCUCACCAGAGGCCUCAGAGCCUCCUCUUCAUCAAACCUGUUUACAAAGUGACCUGAGGGCGUCACAUGGUUCCUCUGCAUGAGAACAGCUGUAAUCCACAAGAUUAAAAUAAGGGGAAAUGAUAAAUGUGUGAAACUGCAUCAAUUUGUUCAGGUUUUACAAACACAAAAUAUAACUUGUGUCUGUUGUAGCUUAUGGUGAUCAUGAUUUAUUAUUAAUGUGCCACAGCGCUUUAAUAAACUGUAUCGAUACAUACGUCACACACUCAAAACUACCAUCUAAUAAAGUCUGACUUAGUUUGUUGUGCUGUGGUAUGAAAGCAAACAAAGUUGUGAUCUUGUUAUUUACGCUGCAUAUAGAUAGAUUCAUAAGUAUCUACAUCGUGAACGUUUUUCCUUAUGUAAAAAAAACAUAAAUAUAACAAACUAUUAAUUUUGCAUCUAUUUCCAACACCUUAUAGUAGAUAAAAUAAAAUAAUACAAAACGUGGGAUAAAUUAGUCAAACUAUAGAUGAAGUGAAACAUUUCUGGAUCCAACCCCUUGAUUUUCUAUCUGUAUUCAAAUUGACAUCCUCUCAGCUCCUCAUGUGGUGCAAAUCAAUUUGGUGAUUUUUGUGUUAUUCUGUUAAAAAAUAAGCCGGUAAACAGACGUCAGGUUUAUUUAAAGGUCUGAUUUCUCUGAGUGUGAAAUGUGAAGCAGCCUGAUUGAAUUUAAAGCCUGUGAUUGGCCACUGAGGAGGUAAGUGCUCAACUGAGGAACUUCCAAAGUGAAUUAACUUUUAAUUAAGUUUCGAUGUGGAGCUCUUGGUGUCAAACGUCAUGUAUGAACAAUGGUAGCGUGUGUGUGGUUGUGUAGUCAGCAGACAACCAGGGAGUGACUCAGAGGAGUAAUUACCGAUCGGUUGUUUGUUACUUUGCCGCCUGUAGUUUGACUUGACUCGUCAUGUGACUCGUGAUCUCGUGGGAGUUUCAGCAGAUUCCUCAUUGUUUGUUUUGUUGUUGAGUUGUGAUGAUUGUUGUUCAGCGAGCCGGAGGAGGAGGAGGGCGGUGGAGUCUGAGUCACUCGCUGUGUCUCACUCUAAAAACAUCCGUAAACGUGGCCAUGUUUACUGUACGUGCACUACAGCGGGCACGUGUGCACUCUGCAUGAAUCAAGGAUCAUUUGAGCCUCCGGGCCGUCGCUGGCUCGAUUCCCGGAUGAUUUCAUGUGUGAACGGUGCGACGCCUGUCAAUCAAAGAAAAGGACUGAAAAUCAAAGUCACUGAGUUUUAACAUCGUCUCUGUGGAACAAUCAUUUAAAGAUAAAUAUGGAAAUUUAAAUCAAAUACAUCCAGCUAGAAAACA